AUGAGCUUCUUCAACCGCCUGGGCCUGGGCUCCCAGGCCGAGGGCGACAACACCGGGCUCGUAGUUGCGAGCACUGCGAUUGCAACAACCGUCGUGGUGACACUUCUCCGCAGAUAUCUGUGGCCGACCCAACCCAAGGUCCUCAACUCUCCACUACGAACUGUCGUUUCAGUCCUCUCACAGGAUAAGUUCAACGAGCUCGCCUAUAAGCCUGACAACUUCCCGGGCGCUCGGGAUGUGGAGACUCCUUACGGUUCUGUGCGCGUCUACGAAUGGGGGCCCCCAGACGGCGAAAAGGUGGUCUUGGUCCAUGGCAUCAGCACUUCAUGCAUGACCCUGACCAAGUUGGCGAACGCCUUGGUGGAGGAGAAGGGGUGUCGCGUCAUGCUUUUCGAUCUCUUUGGUCGCGGCUACUCGGACAACCCAUCGGACCUCCCCCAUGACGACCGGCUCUACACCACGCAGAUUCUCAUCGCCUUGGCUUCAUCCCCGGACCUCUCCUGGACCGGGCCGCAUGCAUUCCGAAUGGUUGGCUACUCCCUCGGCGGCGGCAUCGCUGUGAACUUUGCAACCUCGUUCCCGCACCUCGUCUCAUCGCUCGUCCUGCUCGCGCCCGCGGGUCUCAUUCGACCAGCAUCCUUCGGCGUCCUCACCCGCGCCAUUUUCACCUCCGGCAUCAUCCCACCCCGCAUCUUGACCUGGAUUCUUCGCAAGCGUCUCAAGAAACCCAUCCGCUCGAGCGGAAAGCGCGGUCGCAAUCACAAGGCCGCCGUGAACCCCAAUUCGGCCCCGCACAACCCGGACCCAGAAUCGACAACGACCGCGAAGCCCGACCCGGUGGCCGGCGCUCUCGCCGAGACGGCACCCCUCCUCGACAACGACGCCGUCGACUUUACCGGUGAGCCGCGUAACGCUCUCGAGAAACGGGUGCUGCGCGGCGUACACUGGCAGUUGGCGAACCACGUAGGAUUUGUCCCGGCCUUCAUGUCUUGCAUCCGCUACGCGCCGAUGUUGGGGCAACAAGCCGCGUGGGCGCGGUUGGCCGAGCGGGCGCCGGGCACUACAGCUAUUAUACUCGGCGAUGGCGACGAGAUCAUCGAUCCGGAGGAGUACGCUACGGACGCCCUGCCGUUGGUGGGCGGUGCUGGUCGGGUGCACUGGACAAUGGUACCGGGCGGCCAUGAUUUCCCCAUGACGUUUGCGAGGGAGACGCUGGUGGAGAUAUACAAGGCAUGGGGUUGGUAA